AUGCAACGUCGAGCCGGCGGGCCGCCGGUUGCGCUGGCGCGGUCUCGGCCGCCGUCGCCGCCGGAGGCUCCCGGUCGCCCGGCUCGGCGGCGACUGCAGGGCCGGGCGCGGGCGGGGAAUCCUGCGCAGGCUCCGGCUGCGCUGGCUCACGGCGCGUUGGCUGCGGCGCGCGGCCCGCAGGCUGGCAGCGAUCUACCUGGCGGCGCUCGCGGGCCCGCCGGCUCCGACCGGCACGUCGUCGUCGUCGACCUGCCCGCCGUGGAUCGGCCUGGAGCCAUGCUUCGCCACACCGUUCGUGGUCAGCACCAGGCCGUGCUGGUGACGCGCCGUCGCCGGCCGCCGUGGAUGGUUUUCAGGCUGCGCCGUGGAGUGCAGGUGCAGCAGGUGACCAUCGAUCCACGGCAAGGUAACCGUCCUACAGAGGAGACACCAACGGACAUGAUGAAGCUUUGCUGCAACAACAACAACAACCAGCCAUGA